AUGACAGUAGCAGCUCCUCACAUCUGUGAUAUCUUAUGUGAAAGGGAAAUUACCUGCCAGAGCCAUAAUUUCAACAGAAAAGAACAGAUCUGUGAAUUGAACAACCGCACAAAGGACGCAAGACCCGAGAAUUUCCGCUUGGAUCCAGCGUGGUUUUAUAUUCGCCGUUUGAACGGAAGAGGUAAGUAUUCAGCUAAUAACGUUGGAUGGUAAUCAUCAAUAUUUUGGUCAUACGCUCGACUUUGCUUACAGUCCACGUUUUCUGAUCUCCCGCGCUCAUCGGUAUUGAUUUUUCUAUCAAUUCUUAAUUCUAAUAAUGAAAGAUAUUAGUUCUAUCCCUUUUUCUUUGUAGUUGCUUUUUAGUUUCCCACCAAAAGCGUAGCUCCAAGUUCUGCCGAUAAACACAUAACCCACAAUUCCUCCACUCACUCUGACGAAGGGCUAACACUCGAAACAUCUGUUUUGAAACUCUGAACGGUGGCCAACUUACGUUAUCAAGUCAGUUGAUAGCACCAAAUUACCUUGUUAUACUCUCCCACCGACGCAGCAACACAGUUUCUUUAGAAACUUACCCCCUUUAUUCAGUUUAACUUUUAGUUAACUUCUUCACAGAACAGCUUUGAUGCAUGUGUGAAAUAGUGAUAACAAAUUAUUUAUUUAUUUAUUUAUUUAUUCUGUAAAAUGAUACAAAAAGCUUAAGGUCUGGCAGGAAGAUAAAAAAGCUGGUGGCUCUAAAGGAAAGGUUUAAAAGUGUGGGGGGCCCACUUCCCAAGAGAAGGGUGUUUGACAGAGCGUUUAAUUUAACACAUUUAAAGGCGGACUUUGAGUGAAUGGAAUUAGAUCCUCAUUCUAAUUCUCUCUUAUUUUUCACUCUCGGCUUUCGACUUGUGCACCUAAAUAUACUUAAUUUUCAACAUUUUUACCUACAUACCAGCUCCCUUGGGUUCGAUUCCGGAGUUACCAGCACGUUCAUGCCGGGAAAUAAAAGAAAGCGAAGGAAAAAACACUGCAAGCAACAAAUACUGGCUGGAUCCAUCUGGCACAGGAAAGGCAGUUUUGGUUUACUGUGAUAUGAAUUUAAAAGGUAAAUCAUCAUUACGUCACCGUUAGUUUCACUUCCUGUUUGAAUUGUAGAUUCUUUCAAUAGCGUCCCUGUUUUUCAAGAUAUUAUAAAUUGCUAAAGUCCUGAAAUCAUAGCAUUGCGCAGUUUCGGCUUUAUAUUCAAUUUUUUUUUAAUAAAAAGGCCAAAUAGGGCAAAAAUACACACAUAGGGAGACGCUUAAACCAAAAUACACUUCGACCAACAUUCUUACUUCAACAUUUCAGUUAUAAAGCAAUUUUCUAAUUUGUUCAAAGAUAAUUGAAUCUUCUUCUCCAUGUUAUGCAGGACUAUUUUUCUGCUAAAUUAAUGUGUAAGUUCCUAUAAAUGUAAGACAACUAAGGAGUGUUUUGCAACAACCAAGAAGUGUUUUGCGACACCCAAAAAGUGUUUUGCAACAACUAAGAAGUGUUUUGCGACAACUAAGAAGUGUUUUGGGACAACUAAGAAGUGUUUUACGACAGAUAAGAAGUGUUUUACGACAGAUAAGAAGUGUUUUAGGAGAACUUAGUAGUGUUUUUUUGACAACUAAGAAGUGUUUUGUGACAACUAACAAGUGUUUUGCGACAAGUAAGAAGUGUUUUGCGACAACUAACAAGUGUUUUGCGACAACUAACAAGUGUUUUGCGACAACUAAGAAAUGUUUUGCGACAAGUAAGAAGUGUUUUGCAACAACUUAGAAGUGUUUUGUGACAACUAAGAAGUGUUUUGUGAAAACUAAGAAGUGUUUUACGACAACUAAGAACUUUUUUGUGACAACUAAGAAGUGUUUUGUGACAACUAAGAAGUGUUUUGUGACAACUAAGAAGUGUUUUGCGACAACUAAGAAGUGUUUUGCGACAAGUAAGAAGUGUUUUGCGACAACUUAGAAGUGUUUUCUGACAACUAAGAAGUGUUUUGUGACAACUAAGAAGUGUUUUGUGACAACUAAGAAGUGUUUUGUGACCACUAAGAAGUGUUUUGCGACAACUAAGAAGUGUUUUGUGACAACUAAGAAGUGUUUUGUGACAACUAAGAAGUGUUUUGUGACAACUAAGAAGUGUUUUGCGACAACUAAGAAGUGUUUUGUGACAACUAAGAAGUGUUUUGUGACUACUAAGAAGUGUUUUGCGAGAACUAAGAAGUGUUUUGCGAGAACUUAGAGGUGUUUUGCGAGAACUAAGAAGUGUUUUGCGAUAACUAAGAAAUGUUUUGUGACAACUAAGAAGUGUUUUGUUACAACUAAGAAGUGUUUUGCGACAACUUAGAAGUGUUUUGCGACAACUUAGAAGUGUUUUGCGACAACUUAGAAGUGUUUUGCGACAACGAAAAAGAGUUUGGCGACAAUCAAGGAGGGUUUUGCGACAACUAAGAGGUGGUUUGCCACUACUAAGGAGUGUUUGUGACAACUGAUUGUGGAGGCGAAGCAACAAUCGAAGGGGAAGUAACAAACGUAAGUCCUACACUGUCGAUUUCAUAGAGAGAACACUAGAUUUUGUGGAUUCACUGAAAUCAUCAACAAAUAAGUACCACAGUUGCAAAGCAAUAAGGAGUCAACAGAUCACUGGUGUUUAAGUGGGAAAAAAACAGAAGUAAACUUCCUGCAAAACUGACUCUUAACAAGACAAAGAAGAACACAGAGGAGAAGGACCAACAAGUAAAAAGUUUGGGCAGAUGAUGGCUGCGAUACGAUCCAGAAAUUCCACAGGGAUUUGAGGAAAGCCUUGAAAAUACAAAGGAGAAGAAACAAGUCCUAUACAGUUAACCCAAAGUAUGGAAGAUGGAUACCUAAAAAUAGAUACAAUAUCGACUAGGUAGGUUCCUGUCCCAUUUGUAAACGAGCAAGAUAAAACCUACGACAAAUUGGGUGCUAAGCUAGUGUGCGUGUCACAACCAUCAUCUGGGUUAGAUAAACGACAGGCUACUCUAGAACUUUGUAUUGGGGCAUAUGGGAAACAAAAUAUGAAGCCAGCUCUUAUCUUCAGAGGAAAAGGGCAUGUGGCCACUGAGAAGAAAGAAAAGUAUCACAAGGGGUUGAUGUGUAUUUCCAGAAAUGCCUAGAUGGAUGAAGAAAUCAACAUGCAGUGGGUCCAGGGCACACUUAUUCCAGGAAUUGGGAAUGACAAAGAAGAAAAAGUUGUAUUUGCAGACAAUGUCGGCUUCCAACAAGGUCAAUAAUUCCAUGAAACAUGCUGAAGUUAGAUCGACACUACAGUUUACGUGCUGCCUGAAAACCACACUGACAAAAUCCGGCCCAUUGAUGCAGGAUGUGGUCGGAUUAUGAGAGGUAAAAUUGGUGCAGCAAUGGAAACAUGGCUGAAAGAGGAUAAUAAUCUCGACAAAUGGCAAGAUAGACUUUCGGCAAAGGACAGAAGAGGGCGGAUUACGCCCACGAUUCGCUUUCCUCAGUCCGUUUGGAUUAAACGUGGCUACUCUUAUUUGUCUGCUCCGGAUCUUCAUUCUGACAUUGACAUAUCGAUUUUCAUGGAUGUGCCAUCUAACCUGGAUGUGUCUCUCGGUGAUGACUCAGCCGCUUCAAAGGUUUGCAAGAUUACCCUGCUAUAGCAGCUAGUUUACAGAGGGGAUAAUGAUGUUGUUUGUGUUUGUGAGACCUGGCUCAAUAACUCUGCCAUGGAUUGUGAGCUUCUUUAUGGCUACUCUAUCUAUCGAAGAGGUAGAGAAGGAAGCGUCGGCGGCGGUGUAUUGUUCGCUAUUGGAACUGAUCUACAGGCCUUUCGCCGUUUUGAUCUUGAGAAAGAAAACGCUGAACUGAUAGUUGUUGAAGUUAAACGCUGAACUGUUUUCCCGUUAUCUUGUACACUUUUUAUUGCCCGCCUGGUUCUUCACCUGAGAUUCUUCAUCAUUUGAACCCUUCAGAGCAAUGCUGAGUCAAGUCGCAUUGUUUUGGUAGGAGAUGUUAAUUAUAAUUUACUCUCUAUCGACUGGUCCACCGAUUUACCGGUCUCUUUGGGUACUGGGAAUCAUGCAAUGGAUGAUAUAUUUUGUGAGUGGUUGGUGAUAAUUACCUCAAGCAGUUCGUAACUGGUCCAACGCACAUAUAUAUCUGGAAGCAAGUUAGAUCUUUUUUUGUGUAAUCGUCCAGAAAUUAUCACAGACAUUCUCACUUCAACACCGGAGAAGUGUGGGUUUCCAGCGGAUCAUCACAUUUCAGAAUUUGCAGUCCUUUUAAAAUUUAAGCUGUCUAAGCCUGUUCGCGCUACACCUAUGAUUUCAAACGCGGGAAUUUUCAAGAUCUUUGCAGUCUCCUGUCACAUACCCCUUUGGAAAUUGCAGUUUUUGGAGACAUUAACGAGAGCUGGGCUUUAUGGAAGGAUUUGUUUUUGUUAGCUGUAGACCAAUGUAUACCUACUAAGUCUUUAAAAGAUACUAACUCGCCUUCCUGGAUAGACAGUGAUCUUCGCCAUCACAUUCCUAAGAAAUAUGGGGCUCUGAGGAAAUAUCGCCUAAAUAAGUCUGACGAUAACAAACUGAAACUGCGCUCCUUGAGUCAACAUGUUAAGUACCUGGUUAAAAGAAAACAUCGCCUUUAUUUGGAAAAAAUUGAAGGCGCAUUUUCUGAGAAUCCAAAGAAAAAAAAAAACCACCGAGCCAAACCAAAUUCAGUGAUAACCUAUAACGGCAUAGAGGCUACGACCCCAGCUGAAAAAGUGGAUCUUUCUAAUUCUUAUUUUUCAUCCGUCUUUACUCCUCCGAGUCCCGUUGUAAACUACGAUAUUUCCGCUCUUUCAGUGCACCAGCAUAGAUCAGUUAUGCAAGUAACGAAGUUGCGAACUGUUUAGCCACUUUGGUUACCUCUAAAGCGUGCGGCUCUGAUAACACUCCUCCACGCCUUAAAAAAAGGGGCAAUCAAAUUGCACCUAGUCUUUGUUCACUUUUCAAUCUCUCCUUACAAACUGCUCGCAUACCGUCUGAAUGGUAAUAAGCUAAUGUCACACCUGUACGUAAAAAGGACUCUAUGGAAUUGGGUGAAAAUUAUAGGUCUAUUUUCUUAUUAUGUAUACAAAGCAAAGUCCUAGAACGCUGUGUCUGUCUUAAACGUUACGAUCAUGUUAAGCAAUACAUCAUUCCUCUCCAGCAUGGCUUUUUGCGAGAUCGCUCCUGCGUCACACAGCUGUUAUCUGUUCUUAAUACCACUGGUCAUAACCUGGACAAAAAUAUUCAAACAGACGUUGUCUACCUGGACUUUGCCAAAGCUUUCGAUUCUGUCGGUCACUCAGUUUUACUUCAAAAGCUCAAACGAUAUGGUGUGGAAGGAUGGAUGGUGUUGCCUUGCAGUGGGCCCCAGUUACAUCGGGAGUUCCUCAGGGCAGCCUACUUGGCUCACGGUUCUAUUUGUUGUUUUCAUUAAUGAUCUGCUAGGUGUUCUACCUUCAGUUCCUUCAGUUCCAUCUCGUCUAUAGCAGAUUGUGAACGACAACAACAAACUCUGACAAACCUCCAUUCCUGGAGUCACGACAAUAACAUACGAUUCAAUGCCUCUAAAUGCAAAGUUCUAACUAUAACGCGCAAGAAAAAGCCUUUACUUCAAGACUUUUUUUUAGGCCCUGAAAAAGUACACCACGUGCGUGAGGAGAAGGAUCUGGGUGUAGUUAUCUCGGACAAACUUACCUGGGACUGACAUGUACACCUGAUUACAGCAAAAGAAAACAAACUUUUAGGUCUGCUGAAGAGAUUAUGUCCCUUGUUAAUUAAAGUAGCAGUAAGAAGGUCCUUGUAUUUAACGAUUGUGAAGCCCCACCUUUGCUAAGGAACUGAAUGCUGACAUUUUGCUCUCUCAGUUUGCUUGUAGGAUUGGGAACCUUGGAAAGAGGGGAGGGGGCUGGUGCAUUAUGAAUUUUUGACUUUUGCUGAGUUUUCAGUUGGGGACUACUACCCCCCCUCUUCCCCAAUGUAAUUCUAUUGCCUUCAUUAAUGUGGUUAAGGUUACUUCCAUCCAUGAAUUGAUUAAAAUGUUCUGCUUGCACACUGAUUUCAUCUGUUAGUAGUCUAUGAGGUAUUUAAUAUUUAGGAACAAUUUUAAGAACACCUUAAGAACAUUUUCAGGCUGGUUUUGCAGAACAAACCCGAUUUAUAAGAACAAAAUCAGCCUGAACCACUAAAACACGUGUUCUUUUAAGCGAAGCCAAAAGUAAUUGUAACAAUUUCUCAUCAGUAUCAUAACUUUUAUUUUUACUGCAUGUGUUUUACGAAGGAUUUACAGCUGUUUUUACAACUCUUGGUAAGAAUGGAACAAAGGGUCCAGACUCAGUUAGCGGUCACUACACAGGUCAGGAUCAUGACGGACAAGUUACAGUGUCCGGCGGUAUUCAACUGUGGACUGUGCCACACACUGGUAAAUACAGAAUAGAAACAAUAGGAGCCUCAGGGGGAUACGGUGAGGACAGUGUCAUCAACGGAGGAAGAGGGGCGCGGAUGAUUGGAAACUUUAUGUUGACCAAAGAUGAGAUCAUUCGUAUACUUGUUGGUCAGAGAGGGAGAGGAACCAAAAAAACUGCCGGAGGCGGAGGAGGUACAUUUGUAGUAAGAGGAGACAACAAGCCUUUGAUCAUAGCCGGAGGUGGAGGAGGAGUUGCUAAAAUGACAGAACAACAUUCAGGAUGUGAUGCGUCCAUAAACACAACAGGAAAUGCAGGGUAUAACUCGCCAUUCCUGUCAGGAGGAAGUAACGGAAAUGGAGGACAAACUGAUAAACCGCACUCUGGUAGGUGAAGAAUUUCCUAUUUUUUUUUUUGCAUCCAUAAGUAUUUCGAACAAACAGGUGGUACUGAUCGCUCAAAUUUGGAUUUUUUUUCAGAAUUACUAAAAGCCAUGAUCUGUUAAGUUGCUAAUGUCGACUGUAAAUCUCUUGAUUGUAGGCGGUGGUGGCGGCGGCUUUUACAGUAAUGGAGAAAACUCAAAGAUUUCUUAUGGAGGGGGAAAGGGAGGUAAAGGGUUUCUGAACGGGGGAGAGGGGGGAGCAUAUUGUGGUGGGUUCGGAGGUGGGGGUGGUUAUCGUUCAGCUAAUAAAAUACCUGGGGGAGGUGGAGGGUACUCCGGGGGAGGUGGAGGUGCAAAUAAAGAUACUUCCUGUGGGGGAGGGGGAGGUUCUUUCAACAACGGAAUAAAUCAGCAAAAUGAAUGUUGUUAUAAUACUGCUGGACAUGGUAAAGUGAUCAUAACAUUUCUCCACUGAAAUGUAUGGCAGCACUUUCCUUAGCGUGUAGUGGUAAUUCUGUUUUGAAGCGCUAAUUGAUGUUUGUUUUUGAACUCAAUAGUUUAACUUUUUUGGGUCAUUAUUUAGAUUUUGUUAUUAAGCCGUGUUACUGUAAGACAAACAGCGCAAUUUGUGGUACUAGAAGCGUUUAUAUUUGAGGUUUGAAUUAAAAUUCACAAACAACAUUUGCUAGAAUGGGUGAGUUUGUGAAUUUUUACUGACCUCACCUUCUCCCACGGGGGGAGGGAUGGAGUAGGGGGAGGGGGAAGGGGGGAAGGGACAGGGGGAAGGGAUGGGGAGAAUUAAGUUUGGCUCGUACGUUCUCAGUCAGUAUGAUGCAUGAAUAUUUAGGUGAUAGAAAACAGUGAACAACAAGUUAUCCCACCUCUUUAUUCACUCAAAUUCUUAAGCGUUAAAAGCAUACAAUAUUAGGGUGAGGCAAGAUAAUAGUUUGUAAUCACCAGGGUGAGGACAAUGUUAGCCACAAAUUACUUUGGCCUAUAAAAUAAAGAAGAUACAAAUGCCAGGACUGUUUAGACUUUAAAUAGCGAGCAUGGGGGAAGUUAGUGAUGAUUGGUCAAAUAAUAACAUAUGGGUAAUAAAGACUAAGUAAUAAUUUUGUAGAGAAACAGUUGUGAAGUCAGCUCUUCAUAUUCUUGUGCAUUUAAUGUCAAUGAAUACAUAUUUAACAAUGUAAAGGAAUGCAAUCUUUUUUUCUCGAUCAGCUCAAAACCAAAAUCGAUUUUCAAUAAUGAUACAGUCAGUGUGACCCGGCUUGAGUUGUAUGAUGCAUGAAUAUUUAGGUGAUAGAAAACAGUGAACAACAAAUUCUCCCACCUCUUUAUUCACUCAGAUUCUUACGCGUUAAAAACAUACAAUAUUAAGGUGAGGCAGGAUAAUAGUUUGUAAUCUCCAGGGUGAGGACAAUGUUAGCUACAAAUUACUUUGGCCUAUAGAAUAAAGAAGAUACAAAUACCAGGACUGUUUAGGAAGUUAGUGAUAAUUGGUCAAAUAAUAACAUAUGGGUAAUGAAGACUAAGUAGUAAUUUUGUAGAGAAACAGUUGUGAAGUCAGCUCUUCAUAUUCUUGUGCAUUUAAUGUCAAUGAAUACAUAUUUAACAAUGUAAAGGUAUGCAGUCAAUCUUUUUUUCUCGAUCAGCUCAAAACUAAAAUUGAUUUUCAAUAAUGAUACAGUCAGUGUGACCCGGCUUCUUUAAUUUUUUUGCCCGUUCACCUUCUAAAUGUUGCUGCGCAUGACACUGACUGUAGGCGAUGGCACAUAUUUUUGUUUUUCUGCUAACAUCUGGAAUGUCUUUUCAGGAGGCUCCUAAAUUAUAAAGUCACAUCAACAGACAGCAAGGUAAAUUUGUGAAAGAAUGAAAAAAGUAUCUAAGUAUCUUACAGGAAAGUUCGUGGAUCCCCCAACUUUACUCAUAGCUUUUAUUCGUCCUUGAUGUUUUUUUUCGCAGCACACGAAAACCGGCCUUGACUGAAGGUCUUUGGAGGGUAAUCGAAAAUUGUAUGAUGCAUGGAUAUUUAGGUGAUGGAAAACAGUCAACAACAAAUUAUUUUCUAUGACAGCCUUGUAUAGCAGGAGAUUCCUGACAACGGCUAUAAAAAGCGUUGCAAAUUGUUUGAGGCCUUCCAACGCAGUUUCUGAUUAGAUUUCUGAUUGAGCAAUCGGAAGAUAUUAACUAAAUAAUUCACACACACUUUUCAUAAGACAUUAGUCACUCAUUACAAGUGUCUCCUUUACUGAACUUAACUUCAGCGGAAUACAACGAAGGUACUAUUAAGUACAAAGUCAAAUUCGCUAAAUUGGUGGUGAGUUGCUAUAUAAAAACUCAUCCUUGUAAAUACGGCUUAUUAUUCACUCGCACAAAAUGAAAACAAAAAGGAAGUAAAAAGAAUUGUGACAAUCAAGAUUAGUUUAUUUGACCAGAUCAUUAACAAUGUUUUUCUUUCCUUGGAAGCUUUUAUCUUAUUACUUCUUCUCUCUCUUUCAUUAGUCUGCACAAUGAUAAUGAAUCCAUUUACACUGCAUCAAGAAAAGUCAACAUAAACGUGGUACUUUUGUUAUAAGAACUUGAAAGAAAAUCGAUAAAACCCAAGAAAUAAAACUAUAAAAAAUUGACAUGUCACCAUCGCUGUGCAUAGCAAACAUAUUUUAGGGCAUCCUGAAUCUAUGAAAAAUAAUUCAACGCUCGCAUGAUUUUUGUCUCUUAAAUGACCAAAAAGAAAAAAAAGAACUUGCUAAAUUUGAGAGUAAUUCAUCAAAAUAUGAGUCACUACGUAACUGAAUUGCAAGAAAGAAAAUAACCUUUUAUAAUGCAGAAGUUUAGGUGCGGCAAAUGUUUCGUUGAAAAUCAAUCUGACUAAGGUAGUGUAAUUUAACCAUCAAUAAUAUUGGUAGAGAUCUUCAUAAAAGUGACAAAUUUGUACUGUGGACCGUAAGGUAGGGGGACCGCUUCUCCUGGAUCAGUAAUCUCGUUUCCUUGUUAGUCACAGCAGUUUGUCCGAGCUUUUGGGACCACAAUCCUCCUGGGGGGGGGGGGUGGAGGGCGUAAGUCAAACAUGUACGAACUUGUACGAAUGACACUUGAUUACAUGAAAAAUUAGCUUCACCUCACAGUCAAAGAAUAAGAAAUAAAUCUAAGAAUAAAAAACAAACUAUCCGUUAGCCGCCAACCCCAAAAUUUCGGAACAUCAACUUGUUGUGGUAAAACGGAAGUCUUUAUUUUACGCUCAAGUGUGGGCGAACAAGGAAUACGCGUAAACAGUUGGUGAAGUGCGGUUGCCCACAACUGUCACGGCAAAAGAAAUAACCUCGCGGCAAAAGAAAUAACAAUGUCCUCACGGCAUAAUAGAGGGCGUGGGGUCCGGGACGAGCUGUCGAGGUGCACCAUGGGAUAAGAAAAUGCAGUAAAGGGGUCAGCGGCUGAUCAUCACUUCCCGCCAUUUCUCUCGCCGUGAGUCUCUUUCUUUUGCCCCGAGGUUCUUUUGCCGUGACAGUUGGGGGCCACCUUAGUAAAGAGUAUUAUUAACUUCCUCAUACGUCGCGCUCAUACAGAUAUAAUUAAGCUAGAAUAAAACAACACAUGAAGGACAUCUUCCUCUAUUUUUAUUCAAAUUACAGGCCAUUGACAUGCAUUAAGUAUAAUUGAGUUUUACCAAUCAACUGGUUCCCAGGGAAACUAAUUCAGUUUUGAACCUCAUAAUCAGACAUAGGAUGUGAUGUAUUUGAACCAAAAUAAAACUGCAGCUGUCUCAUUUCGCUAACUGUUUAUCUUAAGGAGGAAAAACUCACUCUAGCUGUUCGCUUGAAUUAUAACGAGUGUUUUUUUCUGAGAACAUGCUGUCUGUUUUCUACUGUUUCGUUCUCACCGUUUUGGCUUCCCUAAUACCAGAAGUACGAGGUAAGAUUUUCCUAUACCCAAUUCACACCAAUGCUUAAACAUGUUUUAAAGCUGUUUUGUUAAACAUGGUUGGAAAUUGUCUUCUUAGCAGCUGCUUAAACCGAUGUUUUCCAACUUCAAAUUUAGCAGAAUUAAAAUAUAAAUAAAGUGACUUGAAACCUAUAGAAAAUUCAGUUAUUCACAUAUCUGUUUUAAUUCAACCCGGUUGAUGUUGUGAAUGGGGUAUUAUUUGUUGUCAAAGAACUAUUUCAAAGUUUUCUUUAUCAUCAUAUGAUUUUUUUGUUAUCUUUAUCUACAUAACUAAGCCUUAAGCUUGAAAUAUUGACAUAAGCAUCUCCUACUAGUACUAAAGACAAUAACAAUUUUAUUCAUCUACAUACCCGGAGUGGCAUGAGACAACCAAAUAUUUUCAUUUCGUGUUGCAAUACUUUUUAAAAAUUACAAAAUUGAAAGAAAUAAAAUUUUAGGGAACAUGGUUUCUGGGCUGAGCCAAAAGGGAAGGUUUAUUUUGAAUAAACAGUCACUGUCUCUGCAAUGAUGUCCGUGAACCGCGUUUAAUUUUCGACUUUUUGAUCCUACACGAUGGAUAAAAUGACUACUGGCAGACCUGUUUGGCUGUUUGGCUUCAAAGUUCAUAUAAAGGCUGGUUCCAUUUUUCAUAAAACGUAAUUCGAGGGGUUCAUGUACUCCAGUGCGCGGGCAGAGGAAAGGAUUAAGUUAUUACCGAUCCACCGCAGAAAGAAAGUUUAAAAUUAGCUUGCGGAAUAAUUUCACUUCACCCAACCAAAACAGGUGAUUUCGACAGAAAAAUCUGCUAAAUAAACUUUACGCAGUCUUGCGUGAUCGUAACGGAGACUGAUGGCAGUGAUCGAGUCAUUGAACUCCUUAAGAUAUUUUAGGUUCAAAAAUAUACUUUCAGCCUUUAUAGUGCACGAUCCAGUGCGAAUGUGCGAUCAUGAAGAUUCCCCGCAUGAAAAUUCCCCACAUUUACUUUAAUGUUUACUUUAAUGGUUGAUUGAAUUUAUUAAGGAGCGGAAACUUGAAGAGGCACCCAAAGGAAAGUUGUUUGCAACUAGUUAGAAGCUUUUUGAAAUGGUAAAAUUACUAAAAACAAGCUGGGCGAUAUUUAUUUUCCUUUUCUUUCAUAACAUUACCAGAAAUUCGAGUAAUGGAUCAUAUUUUAAGCCGAACAGCUUUUAUAAUUAAAUGUUGCAGAGCACUGUACGGCGUUUAAAAAAAUUCUUAAAUACUUAAGCUUUGCGGGAAGAUAAUCAUCUUCCCAUGCUCUUAGAAGUUAGAAAACAAUCACUAAAACGGUUUUAGUUUUGAGAUUUUCGAAAAUAAAAUGUCAGACAAAUUUUCAUAGCCAAAAAAACCUCAAAACAGACUCAUUGACCUAUUGUUUAUCAGAGCAAAGUAGUACGUGUGGUGUCCCCCAAGUCUCUAUUUCAGGUCCUUUGUUAUAUACUAUAUAUAUGAUCUUCCUUAUGCAUCUAAAUUAAUACAGCCUCUGCUUUUUGAUGAUGACACCAGCACCUUUUAUUCUCACUCAGAUCCCGAUUAUCUAGAGUCCGUUCUCAAUGAUGAAGUGUGAAAUCUUGACAUUUGGAUGAAAUGCAAUAAGCUUUCAGCAGAUUUUAAGAAAACAGGUUACAUUGUUUUUAAAUUGAGGCAGAAGAAACUUGGUAAAUCUUUUUCCCUAUCCUUUGGAAAUCAGACAUUGAAACAAGUAAAGAAACAAAACUCUUAGGUGUUUAUAUUGAUGAGCAUUUAACAAGGAAACCUCACAUAAGCUUCGUAGCUAAACAAAUCCCUAGUCAGCCGGCUGAGCAGAUUAAGAUGGAGCACUUUGUGUCGAUUCGGUUCUAAGUUUUCUGAGUGUGAGAAGAAAAACAGUGAAGACAAUGGCCGUUUUUAACUCGUGAAUUGCGUGCAUGCGCAAGAGCGAGUUAUAGAUACCAUGUGGGGAAUGGCAUUCGCUCGCUCGCUCGCGCGAUUGGUCGAUUCCUGUAAACUUUUUUUAGAUUUUAGGCUUUUGAGUGCAUUUGAUAGUUUUUAGCGAACAGUAAACAGAAGAAAUGGCGACCUUUGUUGCUAAGAAUAGUGGUGGGGUGAAAAAGAAGCCAAUGAUAAUCUUAAAAGAGUUUUUUUUUUCGUUUUAGUUUCAACAAGCGGCGCCAGCGACUGGCAGGCAUGCAAGGAUUCACACUGAAAUAACAGAACAACCUUCGUUUUUCAUAAAAUUGUAAUUUACAAUCCUUGAACUCGAAAACAAUCCGAAAUUGAAAAUAUUACUUACUGCGAAGCACUCGGAGUUUACAUAUGUUCAAAAGCUUUUUCUGUUAUGGCAUGAGAUUGAGGACAAAAUUGAUCAUUACGUUUCGUCGCGUGUGUUUUUCCUGUGUGAAGCAACAAAAGAUGCCGGCGACUGACGAAAUUACAAGUUAACACGAAAAUCAGAUAACACCUAAACAAACAAUUUUAGCUACCGAUUUUCAGUGAAUUUUUAAAGAACAAUUUUCUUUUAAGUUUCAAGACAAUUUGAAGAUUCAACAUACAUACAACGUACUAAAAUGCGAAAGUUACACACCACAAAAUUGAUAAAUAGGCCUGAAAUGAAAUUCUAUCUUGUUAUUGAUUAUACGUUGCCUAGCACGUGACUUAAAUCUACCCAGGCGGAGAUCCAAAAUGACGGUGGCAGGCUUGGCUUAGUUAUAUCACUCAAAACUCGUUCCAGUUUGUCUGAUUUGAUAAAGAGGGAAUCGUUAAUGUUCUCAUUAAGACAGUAUUGCCUUGAUUUUCUAAUAUUUACAAUGAAAGACAGUAAAUUUCACUUUUCACCCACAUUUACUUCCAACCUUUUCUUUUGAACCAGAAACAAAAAUGAUAGACGUUUAAAACACAUGACAUCAUCCACCUUGUCAAAUGUAAUAGCAUGAUCAUUUCAAUUGUAAUGCCUUCUUAUCCCAACGUUACUUUGUUUCUUUGCUACAUUAGCGAAUACUGAACUACUUCUCGUACUCUAGAUAUGACAAUCAACCACCAAAUUCCCUAAACCAGAUAACAUUAAACAUCAUGUGUCUAAAUCAUGUGUCAAUUCACGAGUUUGCUCACAGAGCACUUUGAUUAUACUAGAUGACGCGUUACCCGUCCAGUCGGAUAAUGCGUCUCUGAAGUUAUUCGUCUGGUGUAAAGACGGGACGAACAACAUAACGAGCAACAAGAGACGAAUAAUGAGAGUUUUUUUGGCGGUAAGUUUCAAGAUGGCGGCCCUGCUGGAGCUUGUAAAAUUGUUUUCCUGUAAAAGAAAAGCUGAAGAAGAGUUUUUAAGUUGCCAAUAUAAAAUGAACGAAGAAAUGUGUUCUUCUUUGAAUUCUUCGAUCGACAUACUUUCCUCAAGAAUUUUCUUUAUCUCCUCGAAAACAGUUUUGUUUGUAGUCUUCUUCAACGCAAGUGUGUCCAGUUUGUAACCAAAGUCGUUUUCCUCGUCUGGCAGGACGAAGGCAAAGUACUUCAGCUCUCUUUCUGUCCAUGAACGACUUCGCUGUUUCGUACCUGCAUCAGCUGCAGCCGCCAUGUUGUUAUGUUUGGCGUUUAACCGCCAGCGUUUUUGUAACACGGUCUCAUUAAUUUUUAGCUUUGGCUUUGGCAAUCGAUCAAAAUAGAUGAGAUCAUCAAGAGGGAGAUAAAAACUGCAUCGAUCAGUCGGGAGAUACGUUAUAAACAUUCGACUGGUUUCAAUAGAAUAAUCGCAAAGCCAAAAGCCAAAGCAAUAAUUCAGAAGAAAUAGUGCUUUGCAGUUCGAGUUUAAGAGAGGUUCUCAAUACUGCAUAGCAACUUUCCAACUUUACAUAAUUGUUUCCAGGUAGCUGCCGCAGUUAA